AUGUGGCUGAGGGAUAAAACUUGUGGGGAUGUGGUUAAGGAAUCUUGGGCAGAGGUGCAUGAUCCAUCUCUAGUUAGUGUUUUAUCAAAUAAAAUCUUCACUUGUCAGGACAAUCUCAGAACUUGGAACCGAGAAACUUUUGGGCAUAUUUGGAUUUCACUUGCUAAAAAAUUAAGGGAGUUAAGUGGGGCUGAAGAAGCAGGUUUGUAUAGAUUUAAUCCUACUCUGAUCUAUACAUUUAGAGAAGAAAUCCAAGUGCUUAAGUCUAAGGAGGAAACCAUCAAGAAGCAAAGAUCUCGUGUUGAUUGGUUGAGGGAGGGUGACCAAAACACUAGGUAUUUUCAUUGUAGGGCAAAUCAGCGAAACAAGCAUAAUUAUAUAUUGGGUCUUGAUGAUGAUUAUAGCAAUUGGGUUGUGGAUGAAGGCCGAAUGGGGGGUUUGGUUGAAUCCUAUUUCACUAACAUAUUCACUACUUCGAAUUGUUCAGGUUUUGAUGAAGUUCUUAAUGGUGUACUCCCAACUGUGACUGAAGAGAUCAAUGUUGGUCUAUUUCGAACUUUACAGCCAAAGAAGUUCAAAAGGCCCUUCACUAGAUGGAUCCUCUCACAGCACUUAGACCUGAUGAGCGCUUUCUUAUCGAGGCACCUAAUCACUGACAAUGUUUUGGUAGCUUUUAAAACAUUGCAUUACCUUAAACGAAAAACCCAAGGGCUUCAGGGAUUACUCCACAAAGCCGAAAUUGAAGUUCUUAUAAGAGGGGUUUCAAUCUGUAGAAAUGGACCUCGGGUCUCCUACUUGUUCUUUGUUGAUGAUAGUGUGCUAUUUUGUCGAGCAAAAGAAUCAGAAUGUCAGGUAGAGCAAAGAAACAAAGCUUUAUCAAUAUUGGGAGCGUGUGUGGAAAAAAUUACAGGGGUUGAAGGAGAAAAUUCUCUCUCAGAUUGGCAGGGAGGUACUUAUCAAAUCUGUUAUCCAAGCAAUUCCAACCUAUUCUAUGAGUUGCUUCAAACUGCCAAAGGGUUGAUUAAGGAUAUUGAGGUUAUGAUUUGCAAGUUUUCAUGGAGCUACAGUGGUGACUCCAAGAAGAUCCAUUGGGUAAAAUGGGAGUGUCUAUUUGAAGCUAAGGAGGAUAGGGGCAUGGGUUUUAAGGAGAUUGAGAAGUUCAAUGAAGCUUUAUUGGCUAAGCAAGUGUGGUGUAUGAUGAACAACUUGGAUUCGCUUUGUUAUAAGUUCUUUAAAGUUAGAUUCUUCCCAAAUUGUUCUAUUCUAGAGGCAAAUGAUUUAAGGGUUGGCUCCUAUGCGUGGAAAAGCAUUUUAAGUGCUAGAGAGGAGGUGAAGAAAUAG